AGAAUAUAUUAAAAAAAAGCAAGCUUGUGCAGCAGGAAACAAUUUCAUCAUCGCUUACUCUAUAAUUAUUAAAAAUUAAAUAUAAUAGGUGAAACAUUGUAAUUUCAUAUGAGAAGAGAUCAGAAUGGUGCUGUGGGAGAUAACACUUGGAACUGCGUAUUUUCUGGGUCUGAAACGAACUUACAGGCUUGCCCUCAGGAUUCAGCGCAAGCUCAUUAGCCCUAAGCACCCUAAGGUCCGCGAUUUCCUUCACAGGCGGACCCGUGCUGUAUUUGACGUAGUAGUCAAAGUUCAUAAAAACAUUCAAGAUAGAGACAUAGAAGCAGGACGGAAUCUUGGAAACACAAUUUUGCGAUGGCUAGAUCGGAUGAAACCAUCAGCUGGGAUUCGAGGUCCUCCUUCUGGAUCACUUCCCAGUGGCAGCUCAAGUGAAAAACUGACGAAGAAUUCAACUGGAGCUUCCAACAACAAGCCUACUGGUUAUUUUGGAUCCUUCAAGAAGGACUCUGAUAGGCAUCUCUUUACCUCGUUGAGGCAAAGACCUUUUCCUACCAUUUCAAGGAUGACUCGACCACCGAAUCCUGCCGGGAUUAGUGUCCAUGGCAGGAACCUCAGCAUCUAUGCUCCUGAAAUCUCUAGAUCAAAUUAUAGAAUGAAUGAGUCAGGAGGUGUAUUUAGGAAGGACAUCAUGCAAUGGAUGCUGCAAAACUAGCUCUCCAUCUCUUUGCUAGUGGUUUACGUCACCCGUAUUUUUGUUUAGGCCAUUUUUUAAAAAAGAAAAGGAAAAGGUAGUUAAAGAAUGAUGUUUAUGUGGCAAUUUCAUAUACUGAUGGGGAUGGUAGCCUCAAGGUUUUUUGUUUUUAUUUUUCUCGUCUCUUUUGUACUUUUUAUGGUCUGUCAAGCUUCAUUUUGCAUGACGAGUUAUGCAUUUGUUCUGAGCUUUAGUUGAAGAACCAGUUGUUAAUAUCACAGAUGUUGUCCAUAAUAAUACCGAACAGAACAAUAUUUCAGUUACAUUUGGGAAAGAGAAAAGAAAAUGAAGUGAUAGCGAGCUUGAUGGGAUUCAAAUGUUUGCCCAAAUUCAAUA